CGGGGACCGCGAAAACCCAGCCAUGAGCACUCUCAUUUUCUCUCUGUUCCUACUGCCAGACUGCCACCUCCUACUCCUACAUCGCACGUCAGAUUUGAUUCGAAGUUACAUUUUCAUUUUAAAGUUUCUAAACAAUACACGACGGACGAUGUCAAGUACAAAUGGAUAUAUAGACUCACAGGAAUCUGAUAUAUUGCCUGAAGAGGAGUACAAUAUGUUGAUAAAACAUAUGGAAUUAUCAUCGUCGUUCUGCACAAACACUUUGUUCCAAAUGGAGGAGGAUAAGAUGGAAGAAAAAUAUGAUUUGACGCAACAGUUUAUUGAAGACAAACAAAUAAAGGAUGAAGUGGAAGAACAAUAUUAUCAUGGAUCUGAUUCUGUCAUACCUGUGAAGGAAGAAUUCGCCGGUGUUUACAAUUUUCAAGUUUGUUUGGGUAACCAAGACUCAAGCAAACAUUGGGUAUAUUCGCAACCACUGAAAAAAGUGUUUAUCAACAUGGAACAGACGCUGCCUUUACGUUUCAAAUGGCAACCACCUGACGACAGGUUUUUUUUACGUACUGCCAUGGUCUUUAGUUUGGAUCAGUACGCCAGUGAUCCAGUCAGGAGAUGCCAUAAUCACAUGGCACCGACUUACGCGUUUAAUAGAGAAAUAGACCCAAGAGUAAUCAAGCAUGUCGUUAGAUGCACGGAUCAGCUUUCCGUUUAUGAAGAAAGGAAUGAACACUUAUCCAUAGUGACGCCUCUUAACAGACCACAGCCUGGAUCAGAGUAUGUGCCACUGUAUUUUAAAUUUUUAUGUAAGAACAGCUGCCCAUCUGGAAUGAAUCGCAGGCCGACAGAAUUGAUUUUCACUUUGGAAGAUCGUAAUAAACAAGUUUUAGGCAGGAGAAGACUCCCUGUAAGAGUUUGUAGUUGUCCUAAGAGAGAUAAAAAGAAAGAGGAAGAUGAAUUGCCAAAUAGUCAACCUGAGUUAAAAAAGAAGAAAGUCUGUAUACCACAGGAAAGUUUGUAUGCCAAGAAAAUGAUGCCUUCCUGUGAUACACAUGUAUAUAAUGUUCAGUUAAGUAUCGUUGGAAAAGAAAACUAUUUAGCUGUUCUAAAAUAUGCAUACGAUAUAAUGGCUGGCCAGGCGUCGAGGACUGGCCAGUUCGAGUUCUUUAAACCAUACAUGGAUGACAUUCUGCAUAAAACUCCAUAAUACAUAUCUGUGCCUUUCAUAAUUGCUCUUUAAAUAGGGAAACUUAUACAUUUCAAUGUUACCUGUUUAUGUAUAUUAUGAAUUUAACAACUUAUUUGUACUAACCAUUAACAUCGAUCGAUCGAUAGAAGAUCAUAAGCUUUUAUAAUGCAUGUUGAUACUUAUUC